AUGAACACCUCCAUGGCGGCGACGCCGACAGUGACGUGGCGAGAGCCUGACACAGUGCAGCGCCUCCCACAGCGGCCAUUCAACGAGAUUUUGCAGACUGAGGCGGCCAUCUACCUCAUGCACAAACGCGCCGCUGAGGCGUCAACGGGGCUGCCAAAGGGUGACCUGCAAUUCUUGGCGGUGCGCCGUGAUCGGCCUCCGGUGCCGCCUGAGCUGCUGAUAGAGCUGGAAAACGGCGAGCGAGUCGAGUACCCGCCACACAGUGCACCGUCGCCUGCCAACGCCUCCCUGAAACCACCGACAACGCUAAACCCGUGUGAGUGCACCACCGCUUUGUUUGAUGCGUGGCUCCGCACUGUCGUGCAGUCCAUUCCUGCGCCAGAGGAGGCGGCCGGUGCAACACAACGCGAGGAUCACUCUCUUCCUGGUACCAGCAAUGGCCGGAGAAAAUUUGGCGGCGUUACAGGGGUGUCGCGUGAGCAAGCCCUCUAUACGGCACUGGGGUUGCUCGAGACAGCUGCGCGCUUGCUUCAGCGUCGCACUGUGCUUUGCCGAGAUCAAGCCCGCCUUCUGCAUGUCUACUACGACGCGCUAGAGGAGGACAUCCACCAGCACGCGACAGCCAGGUCGACGUCGAUAGCAGCGAAGAACUUCGUCGAUAGCACGACCAGCACGCAGCCUCAGCAGCUGCUGCCGCCGGAGCACCAUAAGUUCUCCCCGUUCCACUACCACAUGCGCAUGUACAAGCGAGCUGCGCCACUUCAGCACUACACAGAGGAGCAGAAGAAGCUGCAAAGCCGGUUGGAGAAGGUGUACUAUGUUCUGUUGAAGCUCGAGGAGGUGGAGGGGGUGAGCAACUCGGUUCUUGGCGAAGGUCAAGCUACGUCGCUGCUGAGCCAGCAGCAGCACCAAAGCACGGAGGACCUGUGCGGUGGCAGCACCAAGGUGGGGUCAACGGCGCGCACUAAUUUGAGGAAGGACGGCUUAGGUAUAGGGAGAAGCGAGAACUCGAGUGGUGCGCUCACGCUCACCAGCGGCAGCAGCGCGCACGGAUAUGGAGAGAGCAAGUCAGCUAUGAACGAGCUAACGUCUCAGCCUUCGCGAAGGCUUGCCGGAAUGGAGCGGCGUGUGCGUCACCUGCGCCGUAAUCUGCAACUGCCGCUUCCUGCCUCGGAGGUGACGUCUCGCCUGCGCAACGAGCUCAUUCUCUCCUUUUCCGCCCGGGUUCUGGCGCUGCGGGAGCCAGCUCCCUUCACAUAUGAGAUCUACGUGACUGCCAUCACCACCGCCGCGUCGUCGUGGUCGUCGCACGUCACCCUCCGUUCCCCUGGUGACACCACACAUCAGCAGCAGAGCUCGCACUCCAUCAGUGCCUUUGUCGAGUGGUAUGUCCAACGCGUCAUGGAUCCACUCGCUAUAUCGCAGCUUCUUAGCAUCGUCCCGCGCGAGCACGUGGUGACGACCACCUGCCGCCUUGUCUACGCAUGUGAGGCGCAUGCGUCGCUACGCUCGUCGCGCGCACUGCCCGAUCUGGGUCCCGUCCUGCUGCGUGCUGUCGCUGAAGGGCGCGCAGACGCCGUGGCACAGCUGCUUCUCUCCUCAAGCGUCUCCUACGGCACUGUUCUUUCCCACCCAGUUGACUGCCACACGUGCUUCUUCGCAGGCCUCCUCGGUGGCCAACUGGACGUGCUGACGCGGCUUGUAGAACAGCAGAGCUGGCAUGUGAACGCACUGCACACACUACUCUUCAUGAGCGCCCCAUGGAGCACGGCUGCGGCACCGACGGCGACGAUGGUGUCGCGCGGGUGCUACACAUACCAGCGAGCGCUGAUGGAGCGCAUACAGGCGUUCCUCUGUGUGGCAGAGCGGGCUCUUGCGGCUCGCUGUCAAGCACUUACGCACGUACCGCCUCACUCUUUGGAAAGGAACGCCAUGAAUCCAGAGAGCAUCAGCACCAUCGCCGGCGGCAGUGACUACGAGGCCGACAAGUGCGCCCUUGCAGCGCUGCACAGAGCCCAAUUACUCGACAUGAACGCAGAGGGUGAGAAGCUACUGGCCACUCUCGGCCGUCUCAGCAGCGCCGUGUCGUCGGCGUCCACCCACACCAGCACGACGGUGACCUCAGGCACGACAAUAGCACGCGAGGUUCGGACAAAGAGUAUGGAGGAGGGCGCCAACGGCGCGGACGACGACGACGAUGACGGCGGGGAGACUACCGGGUCAACUAGUGUCUCCACAGUAGGUGCGCUGUCGAUGUCAUUCGCGUCCCGAGCAGCCGCCGCGCCACCGCCAGUGUUUCUCAAUGGAACUCUUCACAGCCUACGACUCUUCCUCGCGCUGCGCAACGCUACGCUACAGUAUGAACGACAGCAGCAGGACUUACGGUGGUCCGCGCUGCUAGGCAACGUCAAGCCAUCGACGACCGGGGUUGGUGGCGGCGACGCUCAAUCCGCAGCCAUAAGUGCCACGGACGGAUUCGGGGGCAGCGGCAAUAGUAUGACCUGGCUGCACACCAGCUCACCACAACAGCUGCAAGACGCAGCUGUCACAAACGGUCGCACCGACCACCAAGAAGCGCCAUUCUCCUCUGCAGUGAUGACCUCAUCUUCCUUCGCACAUGUGCUGCAGCAGCAUCAGCUGGACGCUAUCACUGCCACUGCAGUGUGCCCGCUGCGCUGCCAGAUGUGCCCAGCCUUCACCACUCCGCAGCUGCAGCGCGUAGAUGCGUGGAGCUAUGGUCCACUGCAGUCAACCACCGCCAUUACAACAGCAUUGAGUACCGCACGCGACACCAGCAACGAGGGAGGAGCGAAGCUGUCCGCUGAGGAACUCGUCCCUCUCGCCUCACAGGCGAAGGCACUGAUCGAGAUCGGAGGAGAUGAUAGACGUUGCGACGAACGCUUGCGCGACCGUCUCAACCGUAGCCCGAGCCCGCCGCCCCUGCGUAGCCGGCCCAUCGCGGCGCUUCUCAUGCGAUCUGACACGGCCAUCGACAUGACGGCCAGCUCUUGGCACGCGUACCCUGCUGUCGGUCAGGCCACUUUCGUGGGAGCGCAUGAGCACCACGGUAGCGGCAACAGCAGUGCGCUCAAGCGUGACGCCCGCAGUGCCAACAAGCCCAAGGCGGGCAUUCGAACCACCCACGAAACUCGCCUUCAUCGGCUCGUGAGCCCGUGGCAGUCGUGCGGUGUCACAGGCGUGAUUUCAUCCCUUCAGUUUCGCUACUCGCUCUCCAUGCCGCUAGAAGAGGUGCGGCGAGCCGCGCAAGAUGCGAAGCAGCGACGUGCACUGCGCACCUUGUACGGUAGCUCCGCGGUGGAGGCUUCAGACAAGAGCAUCUCUGACGACGACGACGGAGACGGAUCGGUCGACCAUCACCACCAGCUCAGCGAUGACGGUGCCGCAGCUGCGGAGCGAGCUAGUCUCUCUGCCCGCACUGCUCCGACGCCGUCAACCAAGCCCAGCUUCUACUAUGAAGUCCAGCUAUCAGUGAAGUACCUUGUAGCCUUGUAUGCGGCUGAUUACGUCGGUGCAACGUCACCCACCAUCGACAGCAAAGCGGUGGAGCAUGGCGCAAGUGGCCCUCUCUCCGAGGACGCAGCGUACCGGCUAUGCGAGAAUUGUGUGGUAGUCGGGCUGUGCGACUCCAUCACCGCCGCUCAGGCGAACGGGUGCAUGCGCGGCCCCUCUCAUUCGUAUUUGGUGUCCCAUCUUGGCCACAAAUGCGGCGCCGGGAGCAUGGCAAAAGAUAUGGAGAAGGGUGGCAACGGCGACGAUUCUGACCUUGCUGCUGCCGUCGGGAGCAACAGCACUGACGGAAGUGGCGCCUGGUCAGCGGGCGUGUCGGUGUCGGUGAUUGCUCACGAAGCGGUGAUGGCCACCGACCAGGCAUCGACAGCACCGAGCGACGACGACGUCGGUAUGGAUGUUCUUUACUUGGGCCUCUGGAAGCAUCAGCAAAAUAGUGUGCGCGCCAUCACGGCAAUGCAGGUCCCACACCAUCACUUGGACGAGGAUGCUGCGGAGCCUUGCGUCAACGCCGCCCCAGUAUACCUGCGGCUGGAACUUCCGCGCUGGAGGCGGCCAGCGGCGGCGGCGAGCACGAACGUGUGGCUGCCUACCAUCACACAAGCCUGCCGCGAUGACGUGGCGAUAGCACUAGCGAAGACUCAUCAGCAGCGGCAGCAAGCGGCAGCGGCGCAGAUUGCUGCGGCGAAUGAGGCCAGCAAGCACGCGAAGACGGCCCCGAGUGGAGAAACUGCUCCUCCGCCGCCUUCACCAUCUUUGCUUUCGUUUCCCCGCGGGUGCAGCCAGGUUUCGGCCACGCUGGUGCUGGGACUGCUGCUUGACCCAUCAGCGGACACACUGCGUCUGCGCCUCAACAACUACACCGACUUCGAGGAGAUUACACUGGGCCUGCGCCUCAGCAGUGCAGCCGAAGCCUCCGCAGUUACAACAUCGGCGCUGCCGCUUCUCCUCUACCCAGCUGCCACCCUGUCGCUGAAUGACGGUGGCUGGAGAAGCUGGUGUGAUCAUCAAACGCGCGAGUGGGCAAAGCUGCAGCAGCAGGAAGCUCAGCAGUCGGGACUGACGACAGGCGAAGGGAGAGGCGAAAGCCCGCAGGCCCUCCACAGCGCAUUGUCGUCGUCUUCGCCGCUAUUCGUAUCCAAUGCAGUUCUGCGCUUCAACUUCGACGUGGCCGAGCUGCUCUUCGGACCACCACCGCCCCACCAAGCGGUGAUGGUCACGUCUACUGACGCAAUUGUGUCUGCCACGGGUGCCCCGCACAUGUCGAAGCAGCGGCGAGUCAGAGAACCGAUCGGCGCGCUGGCACCGCAGUCAGCGGCACCGCGGUCCCAGGCAUAUCAGCCCAUUGCGCUGCUGGAUAGCUCAGUCAAAUUCACUCAGAUGCUGUCGGUGCUCACCGACGUGUCGCUUCGCGCAGCGGCGAAGAAGGGCACCGACAAAAAUCGACAGCAGCCCGAACUGACCAGCCUCUACCACGACGAUGGCGCAGCUGCAGUGGAUGAGGAGGACGAGGUUGACAAUGCCGGCGCAAUGAUGUCACGUGGUGCAGCACCACCGGCACAUUCACCCGUGUUGCUUACCGGCUCGCGCGAUCGCCGCGCACGUGCUGCUCUAAUGCAGGUGCAGAGUCUUCUGAACACUCCUGCAGGCGGUGCUGCCAUCACGUCAGCCGACAGCAGCUCCGCCUUCAAUAAGAGCGAACCCGUGGAUCUCUUUUACCCUCCCGUUCGCAUCUACCGGCACAGCUGCCACUGUCCCCCUCACGAGCUCUAUCCAUUGUCCUCCUCCUCCUCCGAUGCGACCGACGGCGACGACGCUGAGGUGCGCAGCAGGUGCGCGCAGCAGCAGCAGCAGCAGCAGCGCCGACGGAGUCGAAGAAACCGGCGAAUCGGGCUUGGUGGCGCCAGCGAGACGCCGUCAUUUCAAAUGGCCAACGUGUAUUGGCACGAUAUAAUUCCAGAAAAUGCGCGCCUCACACCACUCUGCGCGGCAUUGGCGUCGCGGCAGCGAACCAUGGCGUACGUCAUCGCAACCCACCCGCUCACGUGCUUCUGCGGCCUCAGGGCUGGCGAAGAGGACGCUGGUGCUGCUCUAAUGCAGCAGCAGCAGCAGUCUCAGCAGCGCCGCACCGCCCUCUACACAGCGUGUGCCCUCGGCUACAUGGAAGUGGUGCAAGUACUGCUGGAGCGCGUUCCCGUGGAGGAGCUUCUCUUGUACUUUGGGCUUGUGAUCGAGAGCGAGACACGCAGGGCACUGCAGCACUGCUACGCGGAGGCCAACGCCAUGUUCUUGCGCAACUACCGACUUCGCUCACAGACGACCCAGUCGUCGUCGCCAAGCGGCGCCAAUCGCGGGGGCGGCAGCUGCAGCAGCAACACCACUAUCACUGCACCAGCUGAGCAGACGAUAAAGAGCGGCGGCAAUGCUGCUUCGACCGUGACGCCGGCAGUGCCUUACCUCACAAAUGAAAAGCAGCGCGCUCUUCUCGACAUCUCGGCCAUCUACUCCUCCCCAAGGUCCACCUACACUCCGCUGCACGUGGCGCUUCUCGGCGUGGUGCUUGACAAUGGAGACCAAGACGACGAGGGUGUCGACGAAGGUGAUGCCGUCGACGUUGACACGGAGGAGGCACGCAUGUCCGCGCUGAACGCGCGUCUCAGAAAGCAAACCACCUGCGUAACGGUGCUGCUCAACUGCCUCUACGACCUUCUCUGUGUGGCGCCAGCAUCGAAUACAAGGACGCUGAAGUCGCAGAGAAAAGCGGUGUCAGUACAUCCACCGCACUCGCUGACAUCUCAUGGACGGGAGGUAGCUCUGCCGGAGGGUGACGCGCAAGCGCGGAAGAGGUCGUUGGCGAGCCGCGAGCUCCUUGUCGAUGCGCUGAACCUGCAAAGCCCGCCUGGCGAAACCGCUCUGAUACUUGCGGUCCGCCGCAACAAUGUCGCCGUCGCCAUGCGCCUCUUGAAGCUGGGCGCGCAGCCAGCUUGCAUGGAUCGCGUCACGCGGCUGCUCAGCCUCGAACUUGCCUGCGCGAACCGAUGCACACCGAUUGCAGAGGCUCUGCUGCAGCCCCACAGCCUUGGUGACGAGUCUGGCUCGGCAGCUGGCACCUCUGUGUACGCCACGUCGCCCGUUCUGCUGAAUCAUGCCGGCAUCGCCACGGCGCUGUGCUGGUGCUCCAUCAACAACAUGCCUGCCGUCAUGCAGCGUCUCCUGGAGUGCGACGGGAUCGACGCGGAGAGCGGAUUCGAAGGAAGCUCCCCACUGCACCUCGCGAUCGCGUUCGGUAGCGAGGCGGCCGCGCUGACGCUGCUCAGCGGCACCCGACCGAGGAAAACGGCCACUCUCAGUGCGUGUAAAGGCCGAAGCGGCGGGGCAGAGGCUCCACCGACGACUCUUGCGGUAGUCGCAACGGCGGGAGCAACAAAGCACGUGAGGCUUGGCGCCAGUCAACGAGGCGCUGUGAAAACUUUGACCUCAACACCGCGGCCAACAGCGGCCGUCUCCGCGGCAAACAGGGAUAAGAUGCCCUUCAUGGAUGUGAACAUGCCUCACGAGCGUACUCACUGCACACCGCUGCACCUCGCCUGCGAGCGCGGUCAACUGAACGUUAUUCGCGCUCUUCUGCAGUCGUGGCACGCUGAGCUGAACAUCUCGGCCGCUUACACAAACUACACUCCGCUCCUCACCGCAGUGGUGAAUGGACAGGAAGAGGCAGCGCUUCGCAUCCUCGAGUAUAGCAAGGACGAACUCCGCCGCGGCCGCCCAGUGUUAGAUCUGUGCGCGAUCGAUCAGCAUGGAAACACCGCUCUACACCUGGCCGCGAGUCGCGGGCUGGCUCUUGCGCUGGAGUACAUGCUGGUUCAGUUCAGCGAAGAGGAGGUGACGCGACUGGCAACCCUGCACUCUACUCUACGCACCUCACCUGCCUAUCAGACAGCGAUAUGUAUGGUGCCCAUGCACGCUGUGAACAAGCAGGGCAAGACCGCCUUGCUCGUCGCUGUGCAAUAUGAGCAGACCGAGACGGCUGAGCUGCUCGUCAGCAUCCUCAUCGACAGCGCAGAAACUCGGGAAGUGGGGGUCGCCGGGGCGGUGUUCGGUGGUGGAGGUGGUCCCACGCUUUCCAUCUCGUCAGCGGAUGCCGCGGAGGCGCCACGCAGUGCAUUCGCAGCCGCCGCUGCAUUGGCCCCUUCAUCGAUGGCGUCGGCGCCCUCACAGGUUGGUGGUCCCCUUAUCGAAGGCACCUGCCUGGUCCUGCACCAGGCGCACAAGAAGCAUCUUGACUCGGUGGUACAGCUGAUGCUGUCUGCCCCGCACAGCCUGUUCCCCUGCACCGAUGUAUUUCGCGAGUCGGUGCGGCUGUAUAAGCAGCAGCAGACAGACAAACGGCACCCCGUGAUGCUGCUGACGAACAAGUCUUCCAACGGUGACGUCCACCCAGCCAUCGCUUCCGAUGAAAGCAGCGACCAGGCGCUGGCGAGUACGCUGAAUGAAAACGUCGCGCAGCGUAGCCAUGCCAUGUCGCAUGAUCGAGGCUCGUUUGUGCGCCUGCUGCUCACGCGCGCCGCCGGCCCCACCAUCUCGCCGAACGACGCCUUGCGCGUACUGUUGCGCGGUUUCACGCUCCCGGAGCUGUGCUUAUACCUCAGCGACGUGGCGGCGGAAAGCGUCGCGCUAGGGGUGCAGCGAGGCACGGCUAUGGCGCAUUCGGAGCUUUUGAUUGGCUACCUGCAAGAACAUGCUGGCUCGGUGGUGGGGCCGACGCGGGCAGUCGUGUUCUGCCGCGAUGUGUGGCUGUGCCUUCAGCAGUGGAUGUUCAGUGAGGUGUCUGCCGAGCGCGAGCGCGUGGCGGCAUCGCUCUGUCAUCGACCUCAGUGCAGUUGUGCCAACGAGUCCACUUGCUCGCAGCUGGCGCCGGAUAUGGAAAAGAGCGGCGAGCACCGGCAGAAGAAGCAACCGCAGAGCGAGUUCGAGGUCACUCCAAUGAAUUGGCUGUCGCGUAUGCUGCUCGUCUCCAAGGCCGCCGUUCGCAGUGGCGUACGCGGUACGGCUGCGCAACCGACGCUGACGUCGCAGGUGGACGCGCCAAGCCCCUGCGCUGUCUCUGUUGAGGGGCCUAGUGCAGCAGAGGAGGCGGAGCACUACCGCAACGCCUUGGAGACGACGCUGAAUCGCAAAACGGCGAGUCUCAACAUGGCGCGCAUGAUUCGCCUUUACGGCCGCUCUCACGGUGGUGCAAGGGCCAUCGAGGAGAUCAAGAGCAUCGUGCAAGCACACGUAAAGACAAAAGUGAGUGCACCUGCCGCAGUGGCACCCUCGGCCACGCUGAACGACACCGGCAACAGUUUCUCACAUUCGGCGCUCCCCCGCUCCGUGAAGGCGCAGAGCAUGCGGGACUUGGUGGAGCAGGGUGCGGCGUGGAACAGGGACAGCGGGGCCGACUUUGAGGCGACCAUGGCGACGAGAGGUGAACACCCCUCUCACAACUCCAUCGACGUUAGCGGCAAUGAGGCUUUUUUUACAACCCCGAUGGGCUUCACCGUUUUGCAGUUGGCAGCCACCCUCAACCUCCCCGAGCUUGCCGCGUUCCUCGUGGAGACCUACAACCUGGACCCCUUGUACGCGCCGGCCCAAGGCAUGUACACGUACGUUGCUCGACCAGCAGCACCGCCGCCGCCGCGGCAGCAGCAGCAGCAGGCCAACCGCUCCAACCAGGGAUCGAAGAAAGCGGAAGAGGCUGCGCGAGUGCGUGAUGUCGUCGCGCACACCGUGCGUGCCAUGAUCGGAAUGGGCCCUCCAUGCCCAGGCCGUGGCGACUAUGGCGGUGCUAGCAAGAGCAGGGAGGAUGACGCCGUGUGGUUCUGCUGGACUCCAUACCGCCUCGCUGUCCGCUCCGGCAACACGCACACUGUCAAGAGGCUCCUGGUGGCCGGAAGCGACGCAACGUCCGCCACAGCCGCGACUGCAGAAAUGACGUUCCGAGAGCAGUGCGACACACGCGCCUCGGCCCGACUUUCGCACUCGGGCGAGUACGUUGAAGACAGUUUUUCCGCUGGCAGUGCAGGCGUGGCUAGAAUGACAGAGGCUAGCCCCGCAGCUGCUCUUGUCGACUACAAGGAACCCGCGUGGCUCGACCCGUAUGAGCGCACAGCCCUGCAAGAGCGCAUUGUGGCAGCGAUAACAUGUGGCAGCGGCGCCUCCGGCAGCGACUCGCUUGUAGCCUCUGACACCCUCACCGCCUCCGCUGGUUCGUCGGCUUCCGGCGCCGCGACAGCAACCUCACCUACGCUGUCAGAGACUUUGGCGAUGGUGCACCUGCUGCUGAGGCACGGUGCUCAGACAAACGGGCUCUUUGACAGCACCGGCAGCGAUGCCUGGCUGCUCGCCGUGGCCGGCAGCGGCGCCGCUGAUCUGCCUGUCACGCACAAUAGCUACGUAGCCAAGUGCAAGGGCGCCGGUAGCGACAAGGACAGGCCGUAUAGUGCUGGUUCUCAAGCGUCCUUCUCCCUACUCUCCCCAAGGGAGGCAUCGUUGCGGUCAGUGCGGACGAGUGCUGGCGGGUCUGCUGGGCAGCGGUGUAUCGACUUGCUCCUCCGCUUUCGUGCUCCGCUUCUGGGGUGUGCACCGGCGUCGCAGCACCGCCCUGGGACGCUCCUUGACGGCAGGCGUCUGGCCGGACCACAGGCGAGCGCUGAGACUCAGUGCUUCAACCAGCAGCUUCUGCGUCACCCCCACUACUUGUUGUGCCAGUGGCGGCGUCUUCCCUGCAUGCGGCUCGCGCCUACAGGAAGAGCUUCAACACGAUCUGCACACGGAGUCCGGCGGGCCGCAGGCACCGGUGGCAACGCGCACGAUGACAACCACAGCGAUGAAACUCACGAUACGGCGGGCAUGGAAGGCGUCGGCGCCGCCGCAGGUCACGACUGCACUGUGUUCGACCAAGCGGAUGCCCUGUGUGCGUGGUACGAGGUGCAGCAGCAGCAGCUCCUAUAUCCAAGCACCGUGAUAGCCACUCCACGCAGCGUCGGUGGGGCAGAGUCAUGCUCCCCCCCACCGCAGGCCUCGACACAAUUCAUGGCGGGGUCCUCGACAUCCUUCUUGACCUUCACCUCGGUCGAGAGGAUAGCUGGUUUGCCACGCGCCGCCACCCAAGGAGGAGCGGUGAAGCUAGAUCACCAGGCCCUGACAGCCGGAUACACGCUGAGGGCAGACAAUCUCGCGGGAAGAGAAACUGAGACGCUGCCGCUGACGCCGUCCGUCUCAGUCGAGUCGGUCAAGAGGCAACUCAUCGCGGCACUGAGGCUGUGCUACCGCGUCGUCCUUCUCUAUACGUGUGUAGAGUACACACCGGUGCAGCUGCUCCGACUUGUGGGCGCCUUUGGUGUGACGGCGAUUCCGGUGAGCGCACGGCACCCCCUAAGCGGGGACAGCGCCGCUACACGACUGCUGCGCAAGGCGCGCGAUCGCCUGCUCGCCGGGAGAAGUGGAAAUGGCGGUGGUGCCACGACCAGCAGCAUCCCACGCGGGGCGCGCGGGAGCGCUUAUGCGUCGAUGAUAGUGCGCGGCACCGACGCGUCGUCGGUGCUACCGCUGAGUAUGCUGAAUAAGCCGCCGUGCACCGGGGGCCCGGCCGUCGAUCCAGAGGCGCGUCUCUUGAUCGACACGUGCGUGGCGCUGGUGCACAUGCUCUGCGAUGGUGUACAACAUCUGCCGUCAUCCCCGUCGGUGCCACAGUUGCAAGCGGCAUCAGCGCCAACCACGGCUGCCGGGCAUGCACUGCGCUCGGUACUCUUCCGACCCUCAUGUGACGGAGAGACCGCGCUUUCCCUGGCGGCACAGAUCGCUCAUGCGCCGCUCAUCUCCAUCCUUGUACAGAGCGGGGCAGCAGCAUCUCUGACUUCUCACGAUCACAGUCGGAACGAAGAUGAAUUGUGGCACAGCUCGCACGGGCCGUGCAGUAUGCUUCAGGGAGGCGACGACAGUGGCACCGAGGCGAGAGGUGAGGACGGCAUUGGCGUCUAUGAUCUCCCCGAGGUGCCCAUCCCCUCUAAUUACUCCCUGCGCACGAAUCUGGAAGACGGCGUGGUACGUGUGCUGCUCGCCACUCGUGUCUACUACCCUGCUCAUGAAAUCGGAACCAUACGUGUCAUGCUCACACAUAUGCCGAACGAGCCCGCACGACGAGCCUUUCUGCGGUGGGUGUACCCGAACAUCCACCCUCUGCCGGCGCUGCAGCUUGCCAUGGACAACGUGGAUGUCGCGUCGGACUUCCUGAUGACCCCUGACUGCAUGAACGCGCUCUGGACAAAUUUGCUGUAUGCUCACUUCACGGGCCAACUGGACACCGCCGUGCGAGCGACAGCGAAGAUGUGGAACGAGCUGCUGCGCGUCGUGCUUCCGGGGGCGCCGGCAGUGCCGAUUUAUCUCGUCAUGCGCGCCGCUGUCCGCGGGGAGGUCAGCGCAGAGGAGUUGAAGGCGUCGCACACUAGUGUGAAUGCACAGUGCUCGCAGGCAGUGCUGUCGCUGCUACCGCAGAAACAAUCUCGCGCCAGCUCAAUGAGGUCGCUCAGCGUGGAAAGGAAGCGUGCAGGAGCGCGCCCUGUGGCAUCGACGAUGUCGAACUGGUCUCACGUCGUGCGCCUCACGAACCUCUUCCUGCAGCUCAUGUCCAUGUCUGUAGCCGAGACACUCAUGAGCAAGAGCAAUCGACCAUCGUCGUCGUUACACGAACUACAUAAAAAGGGAAGCGUUGCUGCAUUGAUGGAUGGCACCCAGUCUCCAUCGCAUGGGCUGUCGGGCACGCUACUGUGGGACACCAUCGAGCUAGCCGUGCGCUACGAUGACAAGGACGUACUGCAGCACCUAUUGCAACCUUGCCUGCCAGACGUCGUGCUCAAGCACAUCACCAACACCCAAUACCAACAACAUGCGCUGUCGUCGACCGGCACCUUGGGAAGGACUUACUCGUCUAUGGGCGUGAGCGCGCAUGCAAUGGAGGUGGUUUCGACGAAGAUUCUCAAUAGCUACCCGUCCUUCGCUGGCGUGAGCACCACGUCGCAGGCAACUCGCGUGCUCGAGCGGCUGCAACGUCUGCUCUGGCGAGAGGCGCUGCAAGAGCAUCAUGUCGACCUGCUCGCUGUUGCUGCGGGAAGCGUUGCAACCCUACGGUUCCUGUACACGUCCUCGCCUCCUGAGGUGCGCGCGCAGAUGACCCCUAUGCGCUAUGACCGCGUCGACGUGAAGAGCGGGAUGCCGGAGGGGGUGUCUCAUGCGCCGGACAUCGUGGCCCCCGCUGCGGCAGCGACCGAAGCAGCCGAGGAGCUCAUGCGGACCUUGCAGAAGGCAAAGAAGGACAGUUUCUCCUUUGGUGCCAUAUCCACCACGCUUUCAUCGAACGGCGAGGCUUGGUCGGCCGCACCGGCACUGGCAACACCGACCUCGCCCGUCUCGCCAGCGGCGACGCAGGCGUCGACAUCAAGGGUUGUGAAGAUGGUAGAGACACCUGACAAGCGUAGUAGCACUUUAUCACGCAUAGACGCACCGCAGCUGCAGCUCAAGACGAGCAAGGAUAACGACGAGAAGGAGAAUGCCGCUGCCGUGGCGGACGCUGAGUUGUGCUUCAUGGAAAGCUGCGUGCGAAACGGACGCCAUCGUCUCGCCCCGGGCGAAGAGCGACGUCGGCGCGUAGCAGCGGUAAUGUGGGGCCUCGGCGCGGAUGCCUGCGCAGUGAAGCUGCCGAUGGUUCAAUGCACCGUGAGGGCCGUGUCCUCCGCCAGCGCAGACACAUCCGAUGCGGCCACCGCGCCAAGUACACGAGUAGGGGUGCAGCUGCAUCGCAAACCGGCACCGCCACGGCCGCUGCUGCCGCCCGCUCUACACCGCGCCACCGGCAACGACCCCAUAAGCAGCGCCAACGCCACCUUUCCUGACAGAGCCACCAGAAAUACCAAAUUGGGCGAUGUCGACCCGGGUAAAGAGAGUUGUACGUCAAUCCCCAUCGCAGACACGACUACUACGCGACGGGCGGUGCAGCGCCGAGGGCGGGCCAAGACCUCGCUAUACAUCAAGGCCUCGGCUGCGGGCAAGGAAACUGGAGGGCAGUCACCGCUCAGCCCAACGCCGCCUCCGGCGGUAGUGACACCAGAGCCAACCUAUUUCAUGUACCUCCAGCUCGAUUGGGCGCUACAUUCGACUCGUCUGCUUCGUUCGCCUCGCCCCUCCAGCGCCACGCUCGAGACAAUCAUGUUCCUGCUGGACCAGCGAGUGGCUCUCUCGGUGCCCGUACUUGACCUCUUCCUGGCCGGCACUGUCGCCCCCAGCAACGCAGCACCAGCGGUGCCGCAGCAGUACUCCCGUAAGGCAGAUGCACAGCAAGAGAUCACCCUUAAUCUUCACUACCAGACCCGGGAACAUCAAGACACGCUACUCCACCUGCUUGUCCUUCACGACCAGUGCCAGCUGGCGGAGUACUACCUUGAGUACUGCCACUUUUGGUUUGUGUCCAAUGAGCUCGAUCCAGAGCCGGUGAGUGGGCGGCCGGGCCGCUUCCCUAUCGACCAGCAUGCCGCGUCGGCUGCAUGCAAUUCCAGCGAGGACGAUCUCGGCGACGGUGACGGCUGCUACCUUGGUAGCGGUGGCAGCUGUAUCGACCCUGACGGGGAGAAGCGGAGCACGCGUUUAAGCCAUGAGCUACGGCGUCACUCUCGCCUCUCCUCCUCCUCCUCCUCAGGGUACGUCAGGACCGUACCGCGCAAGUUCCUGCGGUGCAUGCUUCGCGUGAACGCGCACGGGCUGACCGCCUUUGACUACGCCUAUACCCCAACAAUGCUGCAGGUGCUCGAGUGGUACGGCUGCGUGGCGCCCACGUACCGUCCAAACCCCCACGUCUUUCGGCGAGUCAUCUUUUCCCAACAAGAAGGCGGCCGCGGAGGGCAUGGCGAUGUGCGGGAGGCCUACACCCUCGCGGACGUGGACGACUACGACAGCGACGAAGCAGCCAACCACCAGCGGAAGUCCGGGAGGGGGAUGACAAUGCGUCGCAAGCGCGAGGUCCUGCGUUUCUUCCCUGUGCCGCGCCUGGUCCUGGCGACUGACAGCUUUGUGGAGCUGCUGGACCCCACCGGCACGGAGCUGGCUUCCACAGCCGGUUCCGUGGCGACUGCCCUGGCGCGUACUACUGCCUCAGGGACCACAGAUGGCCAAAGCCACAAGUAUGCCGGUGCUGUGGAUGGGAAUCUCACCAAGGAUGACGUGCUGAUGCCAACCCGCGCGCAGCAACAACAGCAACCGAGCGAUCACUACGUCGCCGCCAUGAUCAGCACGGAGCGACGACAGCUGCAGGUAAGUCGGCGGCGCCGCCAACAGCAGGAACACGCCAGGGCACUUUUGUUCGAGCAGGUCUCCGCUCAGUCCCAAACAAGUGUCGCACACGGCGGUGGAAACAACAGUGAAGCAGAUAAGGGGACGAGGGGUGGCAGGCUGCUCUACCUGAUGCGAGCCGUAACGGCUCACUGGCGCCAGCAGUGGGAGUUGCAGCGGCACCCGCCUUGCAGCGAGAUGGCGUUGUAUCACAACGCCCUUGAAGCGCAGCGACUGCCAGCCUCCGCCUUUACCACGGCACCGUCACGCGGUCGACGGAAGCUUCGAAACAAGAGCGGCGCCUGUGGCAGCGUCGGUGCUGGCGCCGGUGUUCUUCCGAUCCUGCUCAGUGAGGAGGUGAGCUUGCUGCACCUCGCUCUGUGCUCCUUCGAGGAUGAGCUUGUCCGCCUCUACGGCGAGCUCCAAACGGCGUCGGUACCCGCAGCAGCGGCCGGCAACGACAACAGCGGCGCCGCCCGCGCGCAUCGCACAGGCGGCACGGAAGUUGCUACCAUCGGUGACAGUGACGACAAUGCCUCUGGCCUAAGCGCCUACAGCCGUCUGCUACUGCCGCUGUCGGUCACUGGCAAGCCCGCAACGCAACAACAACAACAACAGGACCACGAAGGGGGGAAGUGGCGCUCCGGUAGUACGCCGGGAGGCACCCCACCGGAGAUGGGCAAUCCAAAGACCACACCAGAGCCGGCGAGGAGCCGCACUAGCACUGUUGUGCUGCCUCGCGCUCCGGCCCUGGGUGGGUCGAUGGGUGCUGCAUUGCUGCCGGGGCAGCAGGGCCGCCAGCUCGCCUCUGCCUCCCCCGUCAACGACCCAGUGGCGGCCUCGCAGGACUGGGGGUCGUGCAGGCGAGCGCCUACAUCGCCUCCUCGGCUGUCGCACAUGGACGUUGUGUUCCUCCUCGAGUGUCAGCGGUUUAUUGUGUAUCCGCUCAGCUUGCCCAGCACCGACAACGCCGUGGGCAUCCUCCACAACGACAACGGCGGCGAUGACACCCACGACGAGAACAGCAAGCCGCGCAGCAGUGCGAGGGGCAAUGGUGAACGUAGUGCCAGCAUUGGCAACACCGGCUGCAGCCCCAGCAAUGAUGGAAGAAGUGUCACGUCCCCUCGCAUGUCUCUUGGAAAGGGCUCUGACGCUGUCGGCGAGUUGCCUGCCGUCAUUAAGCGCUGCACCGGCGGUGAUGUUGGCAUUAACGAGCAACUCACGAAAGCAAUGAGCAGCGACGCGCCGCAUCAGCGCGCGUCUCCUGCGUUGACAGUCCGUGACACUCCUGGCCGUUGUCCUGCUCCUCCACAUCGGUCAUCCGCGCGACGCGAGCGUGGGGGCAGCGCGCGUGGUGCGCCACCGAGCGACUUGCCGCUACUACGCUCUCUUCUAGCGCGCAAGGCCUCGGAUGAUCUGUCGUCGGCACUGGUCGAUACCUCAGACCAUCGCUGCGACGCGGCGCUGCUGGUGUCCCUCACUCCAAUGAUACUCUCCGGCAUCGGCAGCGGCGGCGCGGGUGGGACUCCCGUGUCGGCGGCCGCGACAAUGAGGGGCUUGGCGGUGCAGCUCAUGGACACACGCUGGAAGCAGUUUGGCAACAGGCCCGUCAUCUCAGAUGCCAACACUGACGCCGCGUUGACUGCGACAGAUGUGGUGGCGCUGCUGAACGUGCCUCCGUUCAUCCCUGUGGACUCUCCUGUGCUGCAGUCGUGCCAAGCAUCGCUUCCAACCGCCGCAGCGCCAGAAAGGGGUGGACUGGGGACAUCGACGGCAGCACUGGGCUCUGACACAGCGCGCACGCCAACUGUCAUGGCGGCGCGACUAGAAGAGUGGGUAGCGCGUCGCUGGCCGCUACCAGAACGAGCACCGCGCUCCUCGAAGCUGCACGGUGCUGGCAGUCGAGCAGACAAGAAAUACUGGGGGCUACCUCUCACGAACGCGGUGACCGCCCACAAGCAGGAGGACGAAAAGGAGAGGAUUCAGAACACGAAAGACACUGAUGACGAUGGCUAUGAUGACGACGAGGCAGCGAAACCUUCGGUGCUCGACCAGAUAAAGCCAGUUGGCGGAGUGGCCACAGCGGCCCAACAAUUCCUCAUGCGUGCCCUGCUGAAGCGCUUUACUGCGGCAACGGGCGCGCAGCUCUCUGAGCAGAUGGGGUUCCUCAUCACCCCCAACUACGAUGUUGUGGAGGUCGGUGACACGGCGGCGGCACUGCGCGGCACUGAAGCAGAGGCCGCUGCACCGCAAGCGGUGCAAACGAACCAUCGAUGGGAAACUAUACGAAAAAGAUAA